AUGCACUUAAAAACACAUUCGUUGCCUUGCGUUUGCGAGAAAUGUGGAAAAAGUUUUAGCAGACCAUGGUUACUGAAAGGACAUCAACGGACUCACACAGGAGAAAAACCUUACGUGUGUUCACUUUGCGGACGGAGUUUCGCUGAUCGUAGCAAUCUUAGAGCUCAUGAGCAAACACAUUUCCCUCACAGAAAGCAUAGAUGCACUUACUGUGAUCUAUCAUUCGCUCGUGCUCAGGUUCUGGAAAAACACAAAUCUGUUUGUCCAUCAAAAAUUGAUGGUAAUCCGAGCGAAACUUAG